UUAUUGGCCUAUAUUUACGUGUUUACACACAGUAUAGCAUAAAUAUGCACAGAUACAUCUUUUGAUUACAUCAAUGUUCUAUUUGUGAUUUAUUGGUUCUGGAUUAAUGCUAAGAUGUCAAGGUUGCUGGAUGCUAUAACAAAUCAUGACAUGUACAUGUUAAAGAUGUUAACGUCCAUGUCUGGCUCGUGUAACCCACGUGAGCUUAAUCUGGGUCUUAUAAAAGCAGCAAGUCUUGGUUACUCGGAUUGUAUUCAAUGUCUGUUAGACGUCGGUGCUGAUAAAAAUUUCGUGAACCAGUCAAACCAAACACCACUAUACGCUGCUGUUCAAAACAACAAAAAAGAAACGGUCAAGCUGUUGUUAGAAAACAACACGGAUGUUAAUUUGAUAAGUGGCCUUCAGCACCUGUCAGCAUUGCAUAUCGCUGCUAUGCGUGGUUACUCUGACAUAGUUGAUUUACUGGUGGAACAUAAGGCAUCUGUACAUUCGAGAGAUUACGAAGGAAACACGCCGUUAGUCCUUGCUGCUCGAAACGGGCAUUAUUUACCCAUGAAAUCACUCUUGAAAGCCGGAUGUGAUGUGAACGCAGCUAACUAUGAAGGAUGUACAUCUUUGCAUUUCGCGUGCCAUAAAGCGCGAGGUUUUCAAGUUCUACUUGACGCCGGCGCAGAUCCUAAUGUUAGAGACAAUGAUAAUAUAACACCGCUGUUAAUGGCCGCUUCUGAAGGAUUCGAUAACGUUGUAAAAGCUCUGGUAGAUUUUAAAUGCGAUGUAAAUAUUCCCAAUGAUUCUGUCAAGAGAACAGCAUUACACUUGCUAGCAUAUAAAGGUCACGCCGAUUCAAUUAACGCUCUCGUGUAUGCAGGUGCUGAAAUUGACGCAUGUGACAUCUAUGGAAGGACUCCAUUGUGGUAUGCCAUUGAAAAUAAAAAAUCUGAGGUUGUUAGACUGUUACUGAAAUCUUAUAGUCACGUUGAUACAUUUCAGUGCCAAACUUCAUCAGAAGAAAAUUGUCCUGCAAAAAUUGCUUUCAAAAGCCAGCAAUUUGAUGUUAUCAAGUUAUUUAUGUUGAGUGGAUAUGAACAUGCGCACGUGAGAGAGUGUUUGCAGAGUGACGAAUAUGCUGAUUGGGUAAGAUCUUUGAAGGCAGAUGACGAGUUUUCGCAUUGGUUAGAUUUUGGUUCAAGUGCGCAAACGUUGAAACAGUUGUGCAGGAAAUGGAUCCGGCAUCAUCUGGGAAGACAUUUCUAUCAUCAUUUACAACUUCUUCCAAUACCGGAUGUGAUGAGAAAUUAUCUUCAUUUAGAAGAGCUUCAUGACCACUGAUGGAAACAGGAUUUAGUGUUCCGCUACCUACUAUCCAUGAACCUUGUGCAAUAAUAUUUUUAUCAGGUGCACUCAGUAUUUAGAA